AUUUCUCCAUAAUUGAGAAACUUCCUGAAAUCUCUCGCCGUCAAAUCUAUGUAUGUGGGUCUAAGUAUGAGAUUUUUAUCUUCAAUUUUAUUUUUUCAAUCACUUGGAAAUGUGUUCUUCUUGACCGUGUACAAUCAAUGUGCACUGGAUGUUCACCAGCACACUGCUCUGUUUGGACUUCAAGAAAAUUGCAAUUAAAAAUUUAAUUUUUUUUUCAAGAAAGCAGUUGGCUUGAAGGUUUUUUUGGUGUUGGGUAAUAUGGUUAUGUUGUAUUUUGCAUUUUGGUUAUAGAUUUGAGGCACUUUUAUAAAUUGAAGAGAUUAAAAAGGAAGAGGCACUUCCAUGUUGUCUGUCAAGUGUUUGUUGCAUUUUCCACUGCUCAUAGUCCAAUCUACGGUAUUUAUACUGAAUCAUGCAUCCGUGUCUGUUGCUACUAACCAACCUUUGAUAGCUUUAGAAAGGAAACUACUAGGAACUAAUAUAAUAUGUAUAAUAGCUGUGACAUUUUCUCAUUAGUUCCACCUGACUUGAUGAAUUUCGUAAUGUUGUACGCACCCAUGAAGACUUCAGUGUGUGAACUAUCUUUAUGGUUUUACUAAUGUUAUUAUUUUUUUUUCUUUCUAAUUCAUGGUGUUGAUGACUCCUUAGAUGUCUGCUUCAAGUGUUGAUGAUGUAAUUAGAAGGAGCCAUUAGGGACUUAGAACAUUAGUUAAAAUGUCAAAAUUUGAUAGGAGCAAGAACAGGUUGCAUCAAUGUUUUCGAGGGAACAAAUGCGGUUUUCUUGGGUAGUGUAUUCCCACCAAUUAGUCAGGGAGACUGCAUCAGUGGUAGAUUUUGGAUAGAUGUUAAGAGAAAUUCAUCAAAUAAGGGAAGAUAUUUGUGACCUACAUUAUGGGUUUCAAUCCUUUGUCAGCUAUCUUCGUUUAUUACGAUGUUGGUCAUUGGAGGGUUUACACUCAUUGGAUACCUUAUACAAUUAUAAUGGUGAGCAAGUAGAAAUAGAUAAAUAAUAUAUAGAUGGUAUUUUAAUUGCAUUUGGCAUUCAGUUUUCAAUUUAAUUUGCUGUUAAGUUCUGAUCUGAUGAGCUACAUAUUACUCAGCCUUGGGCUUUUCAGUACAUGGUUAUAAUUUCAAAGCCUGUUUCUGAGUGUUUGUUGUAUAUUUUUAUUUGUUGUUGCUAAUUGUUUCCUUUGCUAGAUUGUUGCUGCAUAAGCAUAUGACACAUACAUCUCUUUAUCACUUUAUGUUCAAUGGAUUUUAGUUUUUCUUUUGUUUAAAAUUACUGUGUGGAAUUCCUUUUGCUGGCUAUCCAUGAUUAUUUGGAGAAGUGGCAAUGAUGUAAUGAAGGUUCAUAGGUAACAUAGAUACUUACUUUGAGAGUUAAUUUUGCGUUCAAGUGAACUGUAUUUGUUAUUAUUAUUCAUAGUGAAAUGCAUGACACAUUGAAGGCUGGCAGUGAUUGUGGAUAAAAAUUAAAAUGAGGGUAUGCAUUAUAGAGUUUGGGUAGCACCUUCUGGUGAAUGUUUGAUGAAGUUCCCUGAAUUGUUGUGCACUUUUUUUAAUAACUGUUUUUAGGUGCAUUUACAUCAUGUAGUCGCGCAUAGAAUGAAUAUAUAUUUCUCACCAGUACCAUUAUAUGGGUAUUAUUCUUUUAAGGUCUCUAACUUAAAGAGAAAGUGAAAGAGUAACUAGUCUGAAUUCAUGGCCAUUACGAAUGUGUUGAACUUGAGGAGAGCUUGAGGGACAAGAAAAUAGAGACAGAUGUGGAUGCGCUGUGUAAAACCUCUUUGGCAGUUAGAAGCCUUGAGACAAUCCUCUAAAUCUCCAUGGCUUUUCUCCUUGUUUUCUCUCUACUCAGACACUCCUCACAGGAAGUCAAAGCUUGCUCCUCUACAGGAGAGGAAAAUGAUAGACAGGUUUAGGCUAUAUGCUAAAGGAGGCGAUGGUGGCAAUGGUUGUUCCAGCCUCCGCCGUGGCCGGCAAGAUCGUUGUGGCAGACCUGAUGGUGGGAAUGGUGGAAAAGGUGGUGAUGUGAUUUUGCAAUGUUCCCCCACAGUUUGGGACUUCAGUGGUUUGCAACAUCAUGUUGCUGCAAACAAGGGGGGACAAGGAGCCUCAAAGAAUAUGAUUGGAACCAGAGGGGAAGAUAAGGUUCUCUUUGUACCCGUUGGCACUGUGGUACAUCUUAUGGAGGGUGAAAUUCCUUCUGUUGUUGAAAGGCAUUAUUCGACUGAAUUGGAUCCAUGGGAGAUUCCUGGUACACUUGUUGACAACAUAUCUGAACCUGAUCAGGGUUCUUCCUACAGUGACCCAAAAAUGGCAGCAGAAGUUGGGACAGUGCCAACUACUGGUUGCUCAUCAGCUCGAACUGAAGGAAAUGCAGAGAUAUCAACAGGCAUGAAGCAGAACACUCUAGCUGCAUCAACUGAUACUCUUCCUCAAAUUUCUUCUUCCUAUAAUACGUCCAAAAUGUGUACAAAAGAGACAGUGAAGAAAGAAGAGAUGGAGGAAAAAGAACAGAUGCUAUACAAUGUUGCGGAAUUAACAGAACAAGGUCAACAAAUUAUAGUUGCUCGAGGAGGGCGGGGCGGUUUGGGUAAUAUUGCUACUGGCAAAGGUCUAAAGAAGCCCAAGUCUAUGAAGCCUGGGGUCAAUAAGGAUAAUAACUUUGAUAUUGAAGUGUCCAAUGAUGAUCAGGCCUCUCUUAGUACUGGUUUUCCUGGCUCUGAAUCUACUCUUGUAUUGGAACUCAAGAGCAUUGCUGAUGUGAGCCUUGUGGGGAUGCCUAAUGCUGGUAAAAGUACUCUACUGGGUGCUAUAUCUAGGGCUAAACCCUCAGUAGGGCACUAUGCCUUCACAACUCUUAGGCCAAAUUUAGGGAAUUUAAACUAUGACGACUUAUCAAUUACAGUGGCUGAUGUUCCAGGACUAAUAAAGGGUGCCCAUGAGAAUCGUGGUCUUGGACAUGCAUUCCUGCGCCACAUAGAACGUACGAAGGUUCUGGCCUACGUGGUAGACUUAGCUGCUGGAUUGGAUGGUAGAAAGGGUGUGCCACCAUGGGAACAGCUGAGAGAUUUAAUUUUAGAGCUUGAGUACCAUCAAAAGGGUUUAUCUGAUCGACCUUCCUUAAUAGUGGCAAAUAAAACUGAUGAGAAAGGGGCUGAAGAAGUGUAUGAAGUAUUAAAAAAGAGGGUGUCAAGUGUUCCUAUAUUUCCUGUCUGUGCUGUUUUGGAGGAGGGAAUAGAAGAGCUAAAAACUGGUCUUAAAGGGCUUAUGAAUGGUGAAAUUUCAUGCAGGCUUAGAUUAGAUGGAAUAUUGCUUGAUUAGAUGGUUACUAAACAUAUCCUUUGUUACUGGUUACUUCUCCCCCCCGCCCCCACCCCCCUCUUCCCCUUUUAUUUUCUCUAUCUCCUAAAAAAAGAGGGGAGGGUAGAAAAUUAUGCAGUUGACAGCACUGGGAUCAUUUCUAUAUCAGUUUCAAUUUUGUGCA